AUGUCGAUACCAAUCUACGGCGCCGUCGCUGUUGUCGUCGGCAUCUUCUUAUAUAGAUUCCUGUAUGGCACCGAUACACCACACAUUAAGGGCCUUCCAGAGGUUCCUGGCCUACCUCUUUUCGGUAGCUUGUAUGAGCUCGGUACGAAUCAUGCAAAGGUAGCACAAGGAUGGGCGAAAAAGUACGGGCCAGUGUUCCAGGUUCGAAUGGGCAACAAGAGAGUUGUCUUCGCCAACUCCUUCGAAUCCGUUCGCCAUCUCUGGAUCACAAACCAAUCCGCCCUAAUAUCCCGCCCCAUGCUCCACACCUUCCACAAAGUCGUCUCCUCAUCCCAAGGCUUCACAAUCGGCACCUCCCCCUGGGACGAGUCGUGCAAGAACCGCCGCAAAGCCGCUGCCACCGCCUUGAAUCGGCCCGCUGUGCAAUCCUACAUGCCGCUCAUCGACCUCGAAUCAACCGUGUCCAUCAAAGAACUCCUCUCCGACAGCAAGGGCGGCGAAAUCGACCUCGACCCGCGCGCAUACUGGCAGCGCUACGCGCUCAACACAAGUCUGACGCUGAAUUACGGAUACCGCAUCGACGGUAAUAAGGACGCGCCGCUGCUGAAGGAGAUUGUCGACGUGGAGCGCGGCGUGGGAAAUUUCCGGUCCACGAGCAACAAUUGGCAGGACUAUGUGCCGCUGCUGCGCCUGUUCCCGAGUCAGAGCAACGAGGCGAUCAAGUUCAAGAACAGGCGUGAUGUGUACAUGGACAAGCUUCUCAAUACUCUGGAAGAGAAGAUCAAGAACGGAACAGAUAAGCCGUGCAUCACAGGUAAUAUUAUGAAAGACCCCGAGGCGAAGCUGAACAGAGCCGAGAUUAAAUCCAUCUGCCUAACCAUGGUCUCCGCGGGUCUUGACACCGUCCCGGGUAACCUAAUCAUGGGCAUCGCCUACCUCGCGACCCCGGCAGGCCAAAAAAUCCAAGCACGCGCUUAUCGCGAAAUAAUGGCCGCCUACCCCUCCGGCGACGCAUGGGAGCGGUGUCUGCACGAAGAGAAGAUCCCGUACAUCACGGCUCUAUACAAGGAAAUCCUGCGCUACUGGACCGUGAUUCCGAUCUGCCUGCCCAGGGUAUCGAUCAAGCCGAUUGAGUGGAACGGGGUGGUUAUCCCGCCGGGCACGACGUUUUAUAUGAAUGCUUAUGCGGCGGAUUACGAUGCUGAGCACUUUAAGAAUCCGGAAAAGUUUGAUCCGGAAAGGUACUUGAAUGUUCCUGAUGGCGCGGGGACACCGCACUACGGAUACGGCGCGGGAAGCAGGAUGUGUGUGGGCAGUCAUUUGGCGAAUAGAGAACUGUUCACUGCGUUUGUGAGAUUGAUCAGUGCGUUUGAGUUUACGCCGCCAAAGGAUCCGAGGGAUGAGGCGGUGAUGGAUUGUUUGGAUGCGAACGAUAUUCCCACAAGUUUGACCAUGGAGCCAAAGUAUUUCAAGGUUGGGUUCAAGUCGAGAGACCGCCAUAAGCUAGAUCAGUGGAUCAGGGAGAGCGAGGAGAGGACGAAGGAGCUGAUGUAG